UUUGGGGCAGACACAGUCACUUGUUCCUUUUGCUUGGACGUGGCAACUAUUUGGUGUUCACUGGCAGUGGCUGGGUAGAGCUAACAGAGAAGAGCAUUGAUCACCAAGUGCAAAGAAAAGGGUUCAUCCAGAGCGUUGAUGCAGCGUCAGGGGGCCAUGACGCCACAGUUGCUGCUUCUCUGUAGCCUCUCUGGGGUGCUGUGUGCCGGCAAGGCUGCCGCCUCCGCCUCCGCCUCCGCCUCCGCCUCCUCCGCUGCUGCGGAGACACCCGGCGUCACUGCUGACAACCUCCACAUGCUCUCCUCAGAGGACCACAAGGCCAUCCAUAACCUGGGCCAGAAAGUGUUGCCCAGGGACUGCUACGAAGUGUGGCAGAGCUCCAGUGGACAGGCCCCUGACGGCAUCUACCUCAUCCAGCCUGGCGGUGCCGGUGCCGGCGGCGGCCCCCGUAUCGCGGCGUGGUGCGCCAUGCAGGAGGGCGGCUGGACCGUGGUGCAGCACAUCACCGUCAACAGCAGCGUGGACUUCGACCGCACCUGGGAGGCCUACAAGCUGGGCUUCGGGUCCCUCAGCGGCAACCAUUGGCUGGGGAACCAGUACCUGCACCUGCUCACCUCCGGACCAGUCCGCUACAAGCUGGGCGUCAAGCUGGUGGACAAGGACGCUGUGACCAAGUACGGCGAGUACGACCCGGUUCUGGUGGAGGGCGAGGGCUCCCAGUACCGGCUCCGGCUGGGCCUGUACCAGGGCUCGGCCGGCGACGCGCUGACCCAGGACACGGAGAGCUACCUCCACGACAACCAGAAGUUCACCACCAAGGACCGGGACAACGACAACUACUUCCAGAACUGCGCGCGGCUGGAGUUCCAGGGGGUGGCGGGCGGCGGCUGGUGGUACGACGCGUGCGCCGGCGCCAACCUGAACCGGCGCAACGUCAUCUACUGGCAGAAGGACUGCAACAAAGAGCACCUAUGCAAGUACGCAUGGAUGAUGGUGCGGCCCUCCGACCUCAUCAAGGUGCUGAAGGUCAAGGGGGACUGCAGCAAGGACGAGCUGUGAUGGCAUUACCUUAACUUACCUUACCUU